CCUGUUUCCACUCGGGAGCGACGCAAAUUUGGGAGAUUUACAGCAAUAGAUACCCAGAAAUACCCAAAUAGUAACAAUGUCUCAUGCAUGGGGAUACGCACCGGACAAUGGACCCGACAAAUGGUGUGAAGGCUUCCCAAUUGCCAACGGACCCCGCCAGUCUCCCAUUGACAUCGUACCUGGGGAGGCUGCCUUCGACGCAGCCUUGAAGGCGCUCACUUUGAAGUACGACCCUUCCACCUCCAUUGACAUUCUCAACAACGGACAUUCCUUUCAAGUGACCUACACCGACGACAACGACAACUCAACUCUGACAGGGGGGCCCAUUUCAGGGAAGUACAGGCUUAAGCAGUUCCACUUCCACUGGGGCGCCAGCGACGACAGGGGUUCUGAGCAUACCGUGGCCGGGACCAAGUAUGCUGCCGAGCUCCACCUGGUACACUGGAACACCAAGUACCCCAGCUUUGGUGAUGCUGCUAGCAAGUCUGAUGGCCUUGCUGUUGUAGGAGUCUUCCUCCGGGUUGGAAAUGAAAAUGCCAAUCUUCAGAAGGUCCUUGAUGCUUUUGAUGCCAUUAAAGCCAAGGGCAAGCAGACCUCUUUCGAGAAUUUUGACCCCACCAUCCUGCUCCCCAAGUCCCUAGACUAUUGGACUUACGAUGGCUCCCUGACCACACCCCCUCUGCUGGAGAGUGUCACCUGGAUCGUCUGCAAGGAGCCAAUCAGCGUCAGCCCUGCCCAGAUGGGCAAAUUCCGGAGCCUGCUUUUCUCUGGAGAGGGCGAGGCCGCCUGCUGCAUGGUGGACAACUACCGUCCCCCUCAGCCCCUCAAGGGCCGCGCUGUGCGUGCAUCCUUCAAAUAAAUCCCCCUGCCCCUAAUCCCCCCCCCCCUCUGCUUAGUGAGACACCCAGGCGUGCCUCCCCUGCAGUAAGACUCAGAGCACAUGUACUGUAUGUCUGCCCUUACUUUUUUUUAGAUGAACGAAAUCCCUCCUUUCCUGUCGCCCCAUUCCUACCAGUGCAGGGUUGCCCUGCUGUGAUGUGAUGUGGGAAGAGGAAACAGUUGAGGCAUUGACCUUUUUUGUAUCCUCUCUCCUCUCUUGAGUGAUAACAAGCCAGAGAAGCCCUGAUGUACUUCACAAGAGAAGCACUCCACAGUGGUGGCUAUAAUGUGAAAGAUUUACCGGGAUUUCGCCUGCGGUGCCAAUGUUGUAGACAGCUACUGGGCUCUGUAGUUUUUCAUAGAUAGAUAGAUAGGACGUGUCAACAAACAAACAAAGCUUGCGAAGAGGCUAAGACUAUAGAAAUGUAGCUGGGAUCAUGUAAUGGAUGAUUCAGUUGGAGAAAGACAAGCAGACCUGACUAGCAGUCAGUGGCAGGCCUGGGGUGGAUGAAACUGCUUCACCAUCUGUGAGUAGGGCCACACACACACACACACACACAUACUGCCAGUCUGUCUUUAAUCUCUGAUUGACUGCCUGCCUCGGGAUCACGGCAGCUUAAUGAAACACAGUGGUCGCUUCCAUCACAUCCGAUUGAACCAGAACAUCCCCCUCUGGAACACACACACACAGUCAUUGACCUGCUCAUUGAUUUUCAUACUAAGCAUGCCCACAGUGCAUACACAGUAUACAGACACACACGUUGACAUACAUACAUGCACACACACCUAAUAGGAGGUUACAGCUACUAACUGUUACCUAUUGUGCUCUGUCAUGACAAUGACUUUGCAUUCCUGUGUUUUUAUAGCAAAGCCUCGUCUUCAAUAAUUUGUUUUAUUUGUUUGUUCCUCUUGGUGUUAUUAGUAAUAUUAAUGGGUUUAUUUUUUCAAUAUUUAAGUGAUUCCUGAAUUGUGUUUUGCAAGUGAAAACUCCUCUAUACUUGUAGUAUUGUCUUGAUGACACGACAACAGGAGGGUUAGGUUAUGACCCUUUUCAGACAUUAUGAAUUGUGUAAUGGAAUAUCCAUCUAAGCAUUGUUUUGCAAGCCCCUAUGUAUUGUGUUGUUGUCACGUUUCAAACGCACAGUCGCCUUGUGCGAUGCCAUAGGGCACUGUAGCCAACGAAGAAUCAACCCGCCAACUGAUAAGCUUUGUAGUGUUAGUGGGGUGUCAGGUCCUUUUAGGCCAGAUUACUAAUGACGAAGGGUCACCUUUAACUUUGGGACCACAGAAUCAUGCUAAUUAAAAAAUAAAUAAAUGUUGAAUGCAAGUGAAAUUAUGAAUCAUGUCUGUCAAAAAAGGAUGACUGUAUUUGAUAAUGAAAUUGAGUUUAAAAGCCUUAUGCCAAGCACAAUUAAAGGGCCGCCCUGGUAGUAA